AUGUCUUCUUAUACAACGGCUUCAGAACAAGCACAAGUCCAAGUGCGUUUCACAACACAACAAAUAAAGUAUGCUAUUCAAGAUAAGCCAAUGCUACUGCCUUCUGAUAUGAAAAAAGAAGGUCUUUCCGAGAUUGUAAACAGCUUACUUGAUCUUGAGACACCCGUCCCUUUCGACUUUUUAAUUGAUGGCAAUUUACUCAGAACCAGCAUUAUCCAAUAUCUCAAUACUCAUCAACUAUCUACAGAAAACAUAAUCACUAUCGAAUAUGUCGAAUCCAUGCUUCCACCUACUCCACUCUCUGCGUUCCAGCAUGAUGAUUGGAUUAGUUCAGUUUGCGGAAACGGUCAAGGUCUUUUCCUUACUGGCUCUUACGAUAGUAUGGUUCGAUUGUGGAAUACAUCUGGUGAAUGUGUUGCCACUUUGAUGGGACAUAAGGAAGCUGUUAAAAAUGUUUGUUUUGGCAAAUCUUCGUCAUCAUCAGCAACAGCAACAACCUUAUUUUCUGGCUCAUUGGAUCAUUCAGUCCUUGGUUGGGCUUUUGAUGAAACCAGCGGUGCAAGCCGAUUAAUGUUUGAAUGCAAAGGACACAAAGGGCCUGUCGAAAGUUUGAGUAUAGAUGCCUCUGGUCAACAGUUAGCUAGUGCUUCAGCAGAUGGUUUUGUGAAAGUGUGGUCGACAGAAGAACCUUCAGAAGACGAGCCCGAUACUUUAUUAGAGAAUGAUCAAAAGAGAAAAAAGAAGAGAGUCGAAAAGAUUGAUGAUAGAAAGUACAAGACACGUUGUGUCAAUCUGGAAGGGCACGUGGGUGGCGUCAACGCCGUUGUCUUUGACCCAUCGGAUUCCAAUACAGUUUAUACAGGUGGCUGGGAUCAUUCUAUUCGAACAUGGGACAUUGAAAAUCAAGUCAAUUUGGCAACUAAGGUUUGUGCAUUAUCGAUCUGCAGCCCAUACUAUUCGGGAUUGUCAAAGUUAAUAGCCACGGGACAUACAGAUAAUAUGGUCCGACUAUGGGAUCCGCGAUCAGAAGAUGGUACCAACGUAAAAAUGAGUUUCCGAGGACAUUCUGCAUGGGUUUCUUCCGUCUCCUGGUCAAAGACUUCGCAGUAUAAUCUGUGUUCAGCCUCUUAUGAUUCUACUCUACGUAUUUGGGAUGUUCGUAGCAGUAAAGAACCAUUAUUCACUGUUAACACUUCAUCGGAGGAUAACAAGGAGAAGAUAUUCAGUAUUUAUUGGGAUAAUGAUAGACUUUUAAGUGGUGGUGAAGAUAAGAAAUUAAGCAUACAUAAAGCAAAGGUUUAA